UCUUUCAGUUGUCUUCCUGGAGCGGUCAAUUAUACCGCGGCCGAUAGUAGUUGCGAGAGGAAAAAUGAUUUGUUCAAUCAACAGGCAAAAGAACAUACAAAUUCAUUCCCAGAAGACAAUGAAGAAGAGCGUCCUUCAUCAUUGAGAAGGCUGGUGUCAAAUUUUGCAGCCUCCACUACAGCGCAUGGUGUAGCAAACAUAGCCGCUGCAAAGAGUUUGCCAAAGCGCAUGGUGUGGCUUGUGGUUACGGUCGCGUUAUAUGCGGUUUUACUUCUGAUGUGUUGUCAGUUGAUUGUAAGGUACAAGAUGAAACCUGUAGUAUCCAGAAUGGAGAUGAGCUUUGAAGAGGUACAAAAACGAGCUCAUAUAAGUGUCACAGGAAGGAGCUAAUUUGUGCGUGGCUUAGGUUUUAUUUAAAGGGAACCUCCACUUCAACAAAAAGAUAACUUUAAAUCACAGGAAAUAACUGUUACAGUCAAGUCAAUCUAAAAUAUUUUUUAAAAAAGCGUUUGUAUCCGAAAGAAAUAACUUUUAGAUUCGCCUAUUUUUGUUUUCAAAUUUUGCGGGCGUCGCCAUCUUGAAUAAUUGUGACGUGUUACGGUUGCCCUAUUGUUAUUAAACAAAAGCUCUUUGUGUCAGAACAAUAGAGCAACCAUAACACGUCACAAUUAUUCAAGAAGGCGGCGCCCGCGAAAUUUGAAAGUGAAAAUAAGCGAUUUUAAAAUUCACUUUUCCUGAUAUAAACACUUUUUUAAGGACAAAUUUGGAACAAAUUUGUUUAUCAACAUAAUUUUAUUCGAUUUAAACUUAUUCUGUAGUAAGAGUGGAGGUUCCCUUUAACACCUAAAAGAUUCUUUCCUAAAAGACGUAUAAAUAAGUCAAAUCAUCAUCAUCAUCAUCAGUCCGCUUCAUUCCCGACGAAACACAGAUCCUCUACUAAUGUUUGCCAUGUGACUCUAUGAGUAGUGACGCCUUACGCCAACUAAGUCCUUUCUCCUCAUGUUCUAACAUCCUUGUGCACUUCCAUGUAUGUCGGAGUGCUUCUCUCUUUUCCUUCCCUGUGGGGUUCAUUCAAGGGCAUUCUUGGCCACAUGUUAAUAAUAAUAAUAAUAACAUUUAUUUAUACCGCGCAAAUUCAACUAUACAGUUUUCAAAUGCGCCUUACAAUUAAAGAUCUAAAAAUAUACCUUACAAUUAAAGAUCUAAAAAUAUACCGUUUAAAAAAAAAAAAUUACAGCAUUAAAUUACAUUACAUUAUAUCGUCCGUUGCAUUCAGUGUGUGGCUUAUCCAUCACCAUACUCGUUGUUCUAUCUCUUCCUGUAUCGGUCGCUGUCCUGCCUGUCUCCAGAGCUCUUUAAUACAGAUUCUUCUGGGUCACCAAACAACCAGGAUGCUCCUAAGGCACCUGUUAAUAAAAACCUGUAACUUCUGCUUCAGCCCUUUAGUCGAUCUCCACGUUUCUGCACUAUGCAAGAGCACGGCCUUCUUAUUUCACCCAUCGCAUACCUGGGUGUCCCCCCCAACCCCCCUUCUUCUUACUACUUACAAUGCACGGAGGUACUUGGAAUCGUCUACCUUCUCAAUUAGCUCCCUUACAAUCAUCACACGCCUAAUACCGCUUUAUGAACACAACCGAAUUUGACCCUAUCGCCCACACUUUAUCAACAACUUAACUAAUACAUUCACACUGAGCUGACUUCACAAUUCACGUUGCUUUUUAGCAUCCUCUUUCGUUCAUCAAAAAUACUACAGCUGAGUUCUAAAAGAUUUUUGUUUUCUACUUUUAGUCUCUCGACUUUCCCACCGUCACAAUUUGCAACUUAAAUAUGCUACGGCGAAAUAUGCUAUCCAAAAAAGCUGCAAUUGAUAAAAUAGUCAAGAACAUAGAAAAGAGGCGACUCGAGGAACAAGCAAAUCAGUCCAACAGUCAGCUAUCAAACAAGACAAACAGGACGUAUCCAAGUGUCGAAACCAUGAAAAUCAAUAUAAAGGAAUUGAUAUUGGCCAAGGCGAAAACCUCCGAAGACAGGGAGAUAUUUUCACACGUAAGAAUAGACACUGGGUCCCUGGAGAAAACCUUACUAGACAUGACAAUGAAGAAUAUUUCAGAGGAUGAGCUGAUUUCACUUGGACACGGCCUGAAUGAGAUGAUAAAAUACUGUCGAUGGUCUUAUUACAGUUGUCAUGAAGGGUAAGGCUUUAGUUCAAAUGGUAGAGUCACCAAUAGAAUUUCAUUCAGCUCCUCGAUAUGUUAAACACGUUUCAUGUCCCUAUCACUAAUUUUUGCAGUAAAUGAGGAUGUAACAUUGUGAUUAAUUAGGGGAGAAAAACGGCCUUAAACUAUGUACUGGGUGGAGCAAACACAACUUACAUUUUCCCAUAUCAAAUGCAAAAAUUCAUAUAACAGUAUACAAUAAAUUUAAAAGCCUACUGAAAACUUCAUAGCAUCCUUAUCUUCAAAAGCGAGAAGUAAUUUUUUUUCCACAAAAACUUUCUUUUCAUUUGUCCAAAAACUAAAUUUCAUACUUUUUUACCUUUCUUUAAACUCGUAGUAGUCUUAAGAGGCUCUGGAGGCAUUUCUGGCACUGGAAGUAUGGAAAUUGUUACGUGUUUAACUCAGGACUGUCUGCAAAUGGUAAGAAGCUUCCAGUGAUUACUACAGAUACUGCUGGACCUUAUAACGGUCAGUUCGCAAAAUAAUGUUCUCAACUUUUCAAUGCUGAAGUGUGAACACAACCAAAGUAAUUCCAACACCUUUUUCUCGUCUCCCCUUACUUUUAGGCAAUGGCGAUUGAAGAACUAGUAAUGGCGCGUGGGAGGCGAAAUAUGUACCUUUUAAACUGAUAUACCCACCAAAAGCCAAAAAAUACUGUCGUUUCUACAAACAACCAGUUAAACUUCAGUUUAUUCAAGCGUAAUGAGAAAAUCUUUGAAAUAAUUUAAAAGCGAGCUGGUUAUAAGCAAGAAAACGAGGAAUGCAUGUAAUAUGCAUAUUUAAAAAAAAAUUACGUUUUAUCAAACACUAGCUAAGGAUGAAAGGUUACUUAUUUGUCCGCGUGUAAGCGACCCUAGCUAAAAAUGACCAUGUGGUAAUACUUCAGGUCUUGAGAUGGACAUCUUUAUCAACCAGAAAGAGUACUCAAGUCUGACAGACGAAGCUGGUGUAAGAGUGGUUCUCACCGACCAGGGAAGAAUGCCAUUCCCUUUUGAUGAGGGAUUUAGUGUCCCCACUGGAUUUUCAACGUCGGUUGGAAUCAGAAAAGUAAUUGAAUGUUCUCAGUUAAAUACCAUACCAUUUACCGUGCAAUUUAUCUUUUGACUUGAUUUUCCUUGAUCAAAUGCUUUCCUUUCAAUUACAUCAAAAAUUAUGAAUUUACUUUUUAAGUUUACAUCCAAAAUGGAUAAAACACUGGCAGCUGUCACAAAAUUUAAUAAUGCUAUUUUAGUGUCUACUGCUAUUCUAAGGUCUACUGGAAGUUAUCCGAAAACGCCAAAAUGUAACAGCGAUUGUCUAUAAUGUUCAUAAACGAAAGAAACCGUUUCGAACAAUGACGAAGGAGAACGAAGACACAGGAUCCUUUGUAAAUCUGCUACUGGAAACUCUCUGGUUAGCCAUGUGAAAAAUGCCAGGAAGAUUAGUAACUUAUGCCUUUUCGCGUCCUUACCUUGUCCUCAGAGAUACAUUAAAAGGGUGGACCCACACUUAAACAACAGCUGCUUAGAUGAAACCAGAUCAGCCUACGACUCCCACAUGGACAUCUACGGUCAAAAGUAUCACGUGAACUACUCAUGUCAGGCAAGUUCCGAUUUGCUAUGCUUUACUUCUAAUUUUAACUAA